UCGGAAGGGAUUAGCUAGCUUGCUAGCAUCUGAAAUCUCUUUAAAUGUUGGAUAUAGCGGUAAAUAGCCGACUUUGACACAUUUCAGACGUCUAGCGUUGAGUGCCAGUAAGUCACAUACCAGAAACCUUGGGUGUUGCCAUGGCAAUCCUAUUUGCUGUGGUGGCCCGUGGAACCACCAUCCUGGCCAAGCAUGCAUGGUGUGGCGGAAACUUCCUGGAGGUGGCAGAACAGAUUUUGGCCAAAAUCCCCUCUGAGAACAACAAACUCACAUACAGCCAUGGCAGCUAUCUCUUUCAUUACAUCUGCCAUGACAGAAUCAUAUACCUUUGCAUCACUGAUGAUGACUUUGAAAGGUCCCGUGCAUUCAGCUUCCUUAGUGAGGUUAAGAAGCGCUUCCAGACAACAUAUGGGUCACGAGCCCAGACAGCCCUUCCCUAUGCCAUGAACAGUGAAUUCUCCUCUACGCUGGCAGCUCAGAUGAAACAUCACUCAGACCCACGGGGAUCAGACCGUCUAACUGAGACUCAGAUGCAGGUGGAUGACUUGAAGGGCAUUAUGGUCCGCAACAUUGACUUAGUAGCUCAAAGAGGGGAGAAGCUUGAGCUUUUGAUUGACAAGACAGAAAAUCUGGUUGAUUCAUCUGUCACAUUUAAGACCACCAGUCGUAACCUAGCGCGGGCCAUGUGCAUGAAAAACCUCAAGUUGACUGUCGUCAUAGUACUGGUGUGCCUGGUGGUUCUCUACAUUAUUGUCUCUGCGGCCUGUGGAGGCCUUAAAUGGCCCAGCUGUGUCUAAUAAUGAGAGAAGUCAAAGAAGAAAAGAGGAGGAUCAAGGAGAGGAUGAAGAGCGGGAGACGCUGCUGUUUAUCUAACUGUCCUCCUCUUUUCACCAAGUGGACACAAAGGGAAACACCACUCUCCUUGCUGUGCUUUUCCAGCUUCAACAUCCCAAGGACAUUCGCGCUCCUCGAGCUUCUCCUGUCUUGGUCCUCUCCUCUACUUUGGUCAUGUGCACAUUGACUUGCCGUCUGGACAGGGAGCCCCUUUAUUAACCACAAUAUCGGACAGUGGUUAUCUGCAUAAUAGCUGGUCUGAAACAUUCAUCUGGUCUCAUAGUAGUCUGGUGAAUUAACCUCGUCCCGUGCACUUAGCUGGGCUGGUUUAUCAGUUUGAGACACUACUGAUCUUCAUUAAGGUUGUUGACUGAGUGAAUCUCUUGAGCUGAUAAAUUAUAAAAAUGUUAUUGGAUUACUUUUCCUUUGAAGAGAAAUUGAAAGCCCAGACAAAGGCAUGGGACAUGCAAGCUGUAGAUAGCUUUCUAGGCAUAUUGCAGAUCCGCUGAGAAGGGUUCUCAGUAGUAGCUUACACUUCAAGGUCUUGGUUAAAUCACUGAGGAUGAGCUAUGUUUGUGGCUGAAAUGUUGCAGUAUCUUCACCUUCAAUGUUAUGUCUUAACAACCCCUAUUGAAGAUGUUUCAUAAACCACACGAGACAUGUCCUUGAUUGUAUGAUGUUCAGUAUGUCUUGCCCUCAACAAGCACACUAACAAAUAUCCUCUACAAUAUACACGUUGUAAAGAGUAUAAAAAUAUGAUCACACAAGUCAGAAUUGUAUAUUAGAUCUGAAACGGUUCUCAAAUCCAGCCGGACCUUGAGCAACCCAUGCUCCCUUCUUCCCAUGGAAUUGCUAUAGGAGGAUCCUAGAAUGAUAAAGAAACCCAUGUGUCCUUUCUGUUAACAUAAUGCACUUUUGACAUUGUACAUACGUUUACUGCCUACCAACACAUGGUUUAUAAUCAUGUAAUUAUUUAAUUCUUGUACAUCCGGAUUUGAAAUAAUAAAAUCAAAUAGAAUCAAAAGAUUUGUGGGUGAUUCUUCACUUAAGGGAGUUUUGCU